GGCGGACUGCCGGGGAGCUGGCGCGCAACGGAGCCCAGCGCGGUGCGAUUGCUCAGAGCCCGGCGAGCGCAGGCGGCGCGGGGAACCAGAGGGGUUGAGCACUGCCGGGGUCGGAACCCCAAUUUCCCACUCGGCUUGCCCACGCCCUGGGAGCUCGCGGCGCCCCGCGGUCAGCGACAGACACCUGGAGCCGCUGCGCUCCUGGCCCGCGAGGUGUGGCACUGUCUCGGCCACCUACCCAGAGGUAAGAGGGCCUGCCUGGGGGCGUACGGAGGAGCUGACAGUCCAUGCCACGCAAGGGAGGUAGGAAGCGGGGCCCGCGCCUCCACCCGGCAUAGGGUAAACGUUACCCGCCUCAGUUUCUGUUUGUCCACCCUGUGCUGUGUGGUCCUCCUCUGUCUGUCUGUGUGUCCAUGAGUCUGUUGAUGGGCACGCGCCCCUGGCACUGCCCUCUGUGGGAUUUCUCUGAGAUCCUGUGAUGCUUUGCAAGCUGCAGGUGCCGGGGGGCACUGGAGUCCCCAGAGGGCAUCCAGAGGGCAGACUCCUGCUUUCCGUAGGUUUUUCCCCUUCUGAAUGGCACCGGUGGGUUGCGCCCGGGAGAGUGUUUCGCCAAGUAGGGAGUACCCCAAGGGUCAGGUCUUGGGGUCCUGCUGCCAGGGAACCAGCUCGCACUGAGCGCUAGCGGGCGUGCGCCUAGCAACAGGUCUGCGCCCUGCUGCUCCAGCCUCCGCACGCUCUUCCUCCCGGUUUCCCUCGCCUUCCCGUGCCUCCGGGACAGCGCUAGGCACCCGGCGACGCGCUGGCGCGGGGCCGAGCGGAGGCAAUUGCAAUGUCAGAUGACCCUGGGGGCCUCUGCUGAUGUUUAGACUGAGAUUCCAAAUGUGACAUCGCUGGAAGGAGGUUUGGUGGUCCCUGGCAAAGGACGUCUGCUCCAAGAAAGGUCGCGUUAGGUUGAGAGGAAAGGCAGCGUCCUGGCAGAGCGCUGGCCAGGUCUCCAGCUCGCCGCUCUGGGGACGAGGGCCAGUGAUGCCCUGGAAUGGACCCCGCGGGAUGCCUGUGCUCAAGACAGAGGAGCGCGGUGCGCACUGGGUCCUCAGCCGCAGACUCACUCUCCGCGACCGCCGCCGUUCCCCAAGGGUCGGGCGCUACGGCAGUCCCAGGAGCUCCGCCAGCUGCCGGGUUUGAGGUCUCGAGCUCUUCUCCAAGGAGUCAACGCUACCCACAGGUGAGAGCUCCCUUUAAAAACUAAGCUUUUGAUGUGUGAGCCACUGACUGGCUGCAGCCCCAUCCCAGAGACUGCAAGCCCCGGAGCGGGUCUCUCCAUCCCUGUGGUCUGGAAAGUGAUCUAGGGCGCGCCGGAGGGCGGGGAGCCGGCGGCUCUGCGUGCCCAGGCGCGACGCCACCAUGGACAGCUCCCAGCCACUUCCUCCACUCGGGGUCUGUGGCCCUGGGUCUCCUGGGAAGUUGUGCGCUUUCUUCCCAGACCCAGGGCGCUGGGGCGCUGGGAAAGAGGAAAGGGAAUGAGAGUCCGCGGAGGCCCUCGGUAUUACCACUCAGGGGGCAGCCCAGCCCUCGGGAGUCUGUGGUUUUUAACCAGGUCCUAGCUGAGCCAGCAGCUGGCUUUCUACAGGACCUCCCGGGGGCACUCUGUGCUUCUCUGGCUUUUCUGUGACACCACGGAGACCCCUCAGAGCUGUUGGGAAAGUGCGGCCCCUGAGAAUCCGACCCAGGCAGUGAGAUAAUGCCAGAUGCAAUUACGCCAGAUAUAAUUGGGGAUCCAGCUCAAACCGUUUUUGUGUAGGUUCAUGUGUUCCAUUAAAUUAUGUAGUAAAUAUGGUAUUGGGAGGAUACGUUAAUUUCACAAUUAACGACAGAAUGGAGAAGAAAUCAAAUAGAACAAGUUUAUAGAGAAUGCGGUCGGAUGCGUUUGCAAAAGCAACUAUGCUGUCUUCCAGUCCUAAUAGUUUUGUUCAAAGCGCAUGACAUUCUUGAAGCAAUUUCCAAAGGCUCCUCUUUAGCCCAGCAGAUGACUUUUCAAGUUGGUUACUUGAAACAGGGUGGAAAACCUGUGGGGUUUAAUCUGUGCACCAAAUUAAAGAUCUCCCUCCUCUGGCAAGAAAUACACUGGAUGGGGGCUCUUUUUAGUCAUUUCCACCCAUACAGAACUGUAUAUGUUCCUUUAUUUUAAAACUGUAAGAAACCCAGGUCUGCUUUCUCUUUGUAACUGGUAAAGGCCCAUGAAGAGUAAAAACAAUUAAACACCUCUUUAUAAAAUUUUUCUUGAGGUAGCAUCUGUGACUUUGGGAAAAUUGCUCAAAUGUUUUGUGCCUGUUUGCUCAUCUGUAAACCGGGAAUAAUGCAAUCCCAUCUUGCAGGGCUGCAGUGAGAAUUGGUGUAAUUGGUGCAAUGUAAAGCAUUUAAUCCAGUGCUGAGCACAGAGAAAUCUUUUAAAAUGGUAGCAAUUACAGGUAUAUUUUAAAGACAGGUGUGCAUUUCUUUUGAACUAUGUUCACCAUCCUUUGCCCUCUCUCUUAACCUAGAAACUGUUUGAUAGGGACGCCAUCUUCACUUUAUUUUUGCAUCCAAGAACUUGAUGGAAUUGACGAAAGUGCCGGAGUCUAUCACAAUGCAAAAAAUUUAUGAUUUAAAGAUAAAUGGAAGAAAUUUUAUGUGAUAAAAAUCAGUCAGCUGUUUCCCCCUACCUAUACCACUUGGAGGAAAGAGAAAAAUUAGAAGGAAUCUUAGCUUCUUCCACCUAAAAGGAUUGGAGCUGAAGAAUACAGUGUACAGACGCUCAGAGUCCUUCUGUGACUUUCAACCACCGGUGACAUGAACGGAGCAGGAGGACAUGGGCCCUCAGAUGACCUUGAAUUCCUGGCUAUCUUCUGUGCAGAUUCCACUCCCAUGCAGAUUCCAGUUUCCAGCAUACACUUGGCUUUCUGAUGGAGAAGACUCAGGGAAGCUCAGCUCCAGGUGGAGUCACUCGGCUCGAGGUGGUGGAGUUGGAACUCGGACCUAUGUCAGUGUGACGAGCCCUGGAUCCGCUGACGCAGAGAGCGACGUGAGCAACCAACGCCUCCUGCUCCCGCUUUUCCUCUUUUGUCUCCUGGCCCUGAGAGGUCCAGCCACCACGGAGACUGAGCAGCAGCUGGACCUGGGGACAGCUGAGCUUCUGGAAAACCUUAGCAUGUUAUUGUGAAGACUUGCGGAGUAUCUCAAAGUGCUGGCUUUUGGGAAAGGAUGCCUGCAUUUUCUUUUGCAAAGGCUCUGCUGAAGGAGUUUGCUGCACCCUUUAAGGGACAGGCCAGCUCAGGGAGCACGCUGCCAGGAUGGGAGCUUCUGGGAGGCAGGAGUUCUCCUUCAAGGCCAUGCUGACCAUCAGCUGGUUCACUCUGACCUGCUUCCCUGGGGUGACAUCUGCAGUGGCUGCUGGGUGCCCUGAUCAGAGCCCUGAGCUGCAACCCUGGAACCCUGGCCAUGACCAAGACCACCAUGUGCAUAUCGGCCGGGGUAGGACACUGCUGCUCACUUCUUCUGCCACUGUCUCUUCCAUCCACAUCUCAGAGGGAGGCAAGCUAGUUGUUAAAGACCAUGAUGAGCCGAUUGUUUUGCGAACCAGGCACAUCCUGAUCGACAACGGAGGAGAGAUGCAUGCUGGGAGUCCCCUCUGCCCUUUCCAGGGCAAUUUCACCAUCAUUUUGUAUGGAAGGGCUGAUGAAGGUAUUCAACCGGAUCCUUACUACGGACUGAAGUACAUAGGGGUCGGCAGAGGAGGCACUCUUGAGUUGCAUGGGCAGAAGAAGCUCUCCUGGACAUUUCUGAACAAGACCCUUCACCCAGGUGGCAUGUCAGAAGGAGGCUAUUUUUUUGAAAGGAGCUGGGGCCACCGUGGAGUCAUUGUUCAUGUCAUCGACCCCAAAUCAGGCACAGUUAUCCAUUCUGACCGGUUUGACACCUAUAGAUCCAAGAAAGAGAGUGAACGUCUGGUCCAGUAUUUGAACGUGGUGCCCGAUGGCAAGAUCCUUGCUGUUGCAGUGAAUGAUGAAGGUUCUCGAAAUCUAGAUGACAUAGCCAGGAAGGCGAUGACCAAAUUGGGAAGCAAACACUUCCUGCACCUUGGAUUUAGACACCCUUGGAGUUUCCUAACUGUGAAAGGAAGUCCGUCUUCUUCAGUGGAAGACCAUAUUGAAUAUCAUGGACACCGGGGCUCCGCCGCUGCCCGAGUAUUCAAAUUGUUCCAGACUGAGCAUGGAGAAUACUUCAAUGUUUCUUUGUCCAGCGAGUGGGUUCAAGAUGUGGAGUGGACGGAGUGGUUCGACCACGAUAAAGUAUCUCAGACUAAAGGUGGGGAGAAAAUCUCAGACCUCUGGACAGCUCACCCGGGAAAAAUCUGCAAUCGUCCCAUUGAUAUACAGGCCACUACAAUGGAUGGAGUUAACCUCAACACCGAGGUUGUCUACAAAAAAGGCCAAGAUUACAGGUUUGCUUGCUACGACCGGGGCCGAGCCUGCAGGAGCUACCGUGUGAGGUUCCUGUGUGGGAAGCCUGUGAGGCCCAAACUCACAGUCACCAUUGACACCAAUGUGAACAGCACCAUUCUGAACCUGGAGGAUAAUGUACAGUCGUGGAAGCCUGGAGACACCCUGGUCAUUGCAAGUACUGAUUACUCCAUGUACCAGGCAGAAGAGUUCCAGGUGAUCCCCUGCAGGUCCUGCGCUCCCAACCAGGUCAAAGUGGCAGGGAAACCAAUGUACCUGCACAUCGGGGAGGAGAUCGAUGGCGUGGACAUGCGGGCGGAGGUCGGGCUUCUGAGCCGGAACAUCAUGGUGAUGGGGGAGAUGGAAGACAAGUGCUACCCCUACAGAAACCACAUCUGCAAUUUCUUUGACUUUGAUACCUUUGGGGGCCAUAUCAAGUUUGCUCUGGGAUUCAAGGCAGCACACCUGGAGGGCAUGGAGCUGAAGCAUAUGGGACAGCAGCUGGUGGGUCAGUACCCGAUUCACUUCCACCUGGCCGGUGAUGUGGAUGAAAGGGGAGGCUAUGACCCACCCACAUACAUCAGGGACCUCUCCAUCCAUCAUACAUUCUCUCGCUGUGUCACAGUCCAUGGCUCCAAUGGCUUGUUGAUCAAGGACGUCGUGGGUUAUAACUCUUUGGGUCACUGCUUCUUCACGGAAGACGGACCAGAGGAACGCAACACCUUUGACCACUGUCUUGGCCUGCUUGUCAAGUCCGGAACCCUCCUCCCCUCAGACCGUGACAGUAAGAUGUGCAAGAUGAUCACCGAGGACUCCUAUCCGGGGUACAUCCCUAAGCCCAGGCAAGACUGCAACGCUGUGUCCACCUUCUGGAUGGCCAAUCCUAACAACAACCUAAUCAACUGCGCCGCUGCAGGAUCUGAGGAAACUGGAUUUUGGUUCAUUUUUCACCACGUACCGACGGGCCCCUCUGCGGGAAUGUACUCCCCAGGUUAUUCAGAGCACAUUCCACUGGGAAAAUUCCAUAACAACCGAGCACAUUCCAACUACCGGGCUGGCAUGAUCAUAGACAACGGGGUCAAAACUACCGAGGCCUCUGCCAAGGACAAGCGGCCCUUCCUCUCGAUCAUCUCUGCCAGAUACAGCCCUCACCAGGACGCCGACCCGCUGAAGCCCCGGGAGCCGGCCAUCAUCAGGCACUUCAUUGCUUACAAGAACCAGGACCACGGGGCCUGGCUGCGCGGCGGGGACGUGUGGCUGGACAGCUGCCGGUUUGCUGACAAUGGCAUCGGCCUGACCCUGGCCAGCGGUGGAACCUUCCCGUAUGAUGAAGGCUCCAAGCAGGAGAUCAAGAACAGCUUGUUUGUUGGCGAGAGCGGCAACGUGGGGACAGAAAUGAUGGACAACAGGAUCUGGGGCCCCGGCGGCUUGGACCACAGCGGAAGGACCCUCCCUAUAGGCCAGAAUUUUCCAAUUAGAGGAAUUCAGUUCUAUGACGGCCCCAUCAACAUCCAAAACUGCACUUUCCGAAAGUUCGUGGCCCUGGAGGGCCGGCACACCAGCGCCCUGGCCUUCCGCCUGAACAAUGCCUGGCAGAGCUGCCCCCAUAACAACGUGACCGGCAUUGCCUUUGAGGACGUUCCGAUUACUUCCAGAGUGUUCUUCGGAGAGCCUGGGCCCUGGUUCAACCAGCUGGACAUGGAUGGGGAUAAGACAUCUGUGUUCCAUGACGUCGAUGGCUCUGUGUCCGAGUACCCAGGCUCCUACCUCACGAAGGAUGACAACUGGCUGGUCCGGCACCCAGACUGCAUCAACGUCCCUGACUGGAGAGGAGCCGUCUGCAGCGGUCGCUAUGCACAGAUGUACAUUCAAGCCUACAAGACCAGUAACCUGCGAAUGAAGAUCAUCAAGAAUGACUUCCCCAGCCACCCUCUCUACCUGGAGGGGGCGCUCACGAGGAGCACCCAUUACCAGCAGUACCAGCCAGUCGUCACCCUGCAGAAGGGCUACACCAUCCACUGGGACCAGACGGCCCCUGCUGAACUCGCCAUCUGGCUCAUCAACUUCAACAAGGGCGACUGGAUUCGAGUGGGGCUCUGCUACCCGCGAGGCACCACCUUCUCCAUCCUGUCGGACGUUCACAAUCGCCUGCUGAAGCAAACGUCCAAGACGGGCACCUUCGUGAGGACCUUGCAGAUGGACAAAGUGGAGCAGAGUUAUCCCGGCAGGAGCCACUACUACUGGGACGAGGACUCAGGGCUGUUGUUCCUGAAGCUGAAAGCUCAGAACGAGAGAGAGAAGUUUGCUUUCUGCUCCAUGAAAGGCUGCGAGAGGAUCAAGAUUAAAGCUCUGAUCCCAAAGGACGCAGGCAUCAGUGACUGCACAGCCACGGCCUACCCCAGGUUCGCCGAGAGGGCUGUCGUGGACGUGCCGAUGCCCAAGAAGCUCUUCGGUUCUCAGCUGAAAACAAAGGACCACUUCUUGGAGGUGAAGAUGGAGAGUUUCAAGCAGCACUACUUCCACCUUUGGAAUGACUUAGCUUACAUCGAGGUGGAUGGGAAGAAGUACCCCAGCUCGGAGGAUGGCAUCCAGGUGGUGGUGAUUGACGGGCACCAAGGGCACGUGGUGAGCCACAUGAGCUUCAGGAACGCCAUUCUGCAGGGCAUACCAUGGCAGCUUUUCAACUACAUGGCAGCCAUCCCUGACAAUUCCAUAGUGCUCAUGGUGUCAAAGGGAAAAUACAUCUCCAGAGGCCCGUGGACCAGAGUGCUGGAAAAGCUUGGGGCAGACAGGGGUCUCAAGUUGAAAGAGCAAAUGGCAUUCGUUGGCUUCAAAGGCAGCUUCCGGCCCAUCUGGGUGACUCUGGACACUGAGGAUCACAAGGCCAAAAUCUUCCAAGUUGUGCCCAUCCCUGUGGUGAAGAAGAAGAAGCUGUGAGGACAGCUGCCGCCCGGUGCCACCUCAUGGUGGACUAUGAUGGUGACUCUUGGCAGCAGACCACUGGGGGAUGGCUGAGUCCCCCAGCCCCUACCAGCAGCUGCCUGGGAAGACCAUGUGUCGGCCCUAAUGGGCCAAGGGAAGGAUAUUAGAGAACCCGGUGCUGCCACCUGCCCCAACUCAAGUGUCUACCUGCAGCCCCUGGGGCGGUGCUGGAAACCUUCACUUUCCUGCAGCCUCUUGGGGGCUUCUCUCCUAUCUGUGCCUCUUCAGUGGGGUGUGGGGACCAUAUCAGGAGACCUGGGUUUUGUGGACAGCAAAGAUACACCUUGCCAGGAGCCCCAGCCCAGAUAGGAGGUAGCCUGGAGGGCUGGUCAUUUACAGAUCCCCACGAUCUGCAGCAGACAAGUGACGGUGGUGAAUGUAGGUUCCUUGGCCUUGGGGACAUCUUCACUCCUGUGAGCAAGAGCCAGCCCCACAGGAUUAGGAGCUGGGACGGAACUGGCUACCCUCGGGGAAGAGGCAAGCCCUGCCUCCGGCCGUGUCCACCUUUCGGGAGACGGGGGCAGAUCGGGAUUUGGACCAGAUGACUCCCAAAGGCCCGAGUAGCUGUGAGAGCCCUGAAAUCUGCAACAUUUCACAUGGUACCUGAAACCCAACAGUAGAGGAAAACAUUCGUUUCCUCUGCUAGCCAUGAUGCUGGGUGCCCCAGGGCACAUGGGAUGGAGAGGUGAGAACGAAUGCCUAGAUCGAGGGGCCUGCCUCCAGUGGGGCGGGCAGUCAGGUCCACGUGCACUGCAACGCCAGGCAGAGAAAUCACACAGGUAAAACAGAGACCGGUGCCAUCUCAGAGGGGAGGGUCAGGAAGGCUUCUCGCUUGCAGGAAUGAAGGCUGGGCGCAUUUUGGUUAGGGGAGAGGUAGCCUCUGGGGUGGGUCGGGGAGGGAUUGGGCCCUCCCUGCUGCCACCUGCUGAAGCUGAUGCACUGUGGCAUUGCCCUUUGCCCACUCCUUGUCGGCCCACUCAUGAUGGAGAAGUGUGGUCAGAGGGAGCAAUGGGCUUCGCAGCUUAUGCCCAGAGCACGGAGGAACUCGUUCCCCACGCAGCCCUGCCUCUGACUCCGAGAGAGUGGAGUGAAGGUCAAGGAAGUGAGCUCCUGCCUUGGGGCCUCAUUUGCUCUUCAUCCAGGGGACUGAGCAGUGGGGGCUCCAGGAGACCUUAGAUGUGCUUACACCUCCCUCGGCCUGGGAUUUCAGAGCUGGAAAUACAGAAAGUAUCUAGUCCAAAGCCUUCAUUUUAACAGAUGGGGAAAAUGAGCCCCCGAGACGGGAAAGAACCACACAGCCAGGGGAGGGCCCGGGGAGCCCCCCCCACCGAGCCCUUGCUGCCACACCACACUGCCUCAACAGCCAGCCCAUAGUGCCCAGGGGCUCCUGAAGCAGCUUCCGGAAAUGGGGACAAGUCCCCUCGAAGGAAACAAAAUGAUUAGAGUAGAAUGACAACGAGCCGCCGUCUCCCUCCUGCUCCCGCGCACACACACACAAACCCGCCUUCCCCUUGGUGUUGGCGGUCCCCGUGGCCUUCACUUUGUCCACUACCUGUCAGCCCCGCCGGGGUGCACAGCAACUGCCAUCGGUGCUAGCGUCUCUACAGAUGUGGCCCAGCAGAUGGGGUAGGGCCAGCCGUGUUUCUGGUCAGCCAAUUUGGCUGAUCUUGGGUGUCCGAACAGCUGUUGGGUCCACCCCAGUCCCUCUGAGCUGCUGAUAAAUGCCCUUCUCUCUCCCUAGCCCACCUUAGAGCGCCCAAAGAGCUCCUGGAAGAGGGAGAACUCUGUCUGUGGUUUAUACUCACAGAAGGCGAUGGGGUCUCCCUGGGUCUUGUGAUGAGGAACUACGUUUAUCCCCUUUCCUGCCCCAACCACAAACUCUUUCCUUCAAAGAGGGCCUGCUUGGCUUCCUCCACCCAGCUGCACCCAUGAGACUCAGUCCAACAGUCCAUUCCCCAGGUGGGAGCCAACUGCCAGGGAGGUCUUUCCCACCAAACAUCUUUCAGCUGCUGGGAGGUGACCAUUGGAUUCUGCUUUUAAAGAUAUGGCCGAUUCAAAGGCCAGAAUCACAGGAAGGACCUCUUCCAGAGAGAUUAGCAGUGACAGAGGAGAGUUCCAAUGACCUCAUGUCCUUCUUGUCCACGGUUUUGUUGAGUUUUCACUCUUUUAAUGCAAGGGUCUCACACUGUGAACCACUUAGGAUGUGAUCACUUUCAGGUGGCCAGAAAUGCUGAAUGUCUUUGGCUCAGUUCAUUUUUAAAAAAAUAUCUAUUUGAAAGUUCUCAGAGUUGUACAUAUGUUUCACAGUACGGGAUCUGUACAUAAAACUUUUUCCUAAACCAUUCACCAAGAGCCAAUAUCUAGGCAUUUUCUUGGUAGCAAUUUUCUUAUUGCUUAGAAAACUAUUCUCCUUAUUGUUUCUGUUUGUAAGAUGUAAGUUAGGUCUUUAAGGAAAGCAAUGCUCCUCUGAAAUGCUUGUCUUUUACCUGCUGCCGAAAUAGCUGGUCCUUUUUCGGGAGUUAGAUGUAUAGAGUGUUUGUAUGUAAACAUUUCUUGUAGGCCUCACUAUGAACAAAGAUAUAUUUUCUAUUUAUUUAUUAUACGUGCACUUCAAGAAGUCACUGUCAGAGAAAUAAAGAACUGUCUUAAUUGUCA